AUGCUGCGGGUGUGGAGCAUCUCCGGGCAAGAGCUGGUCUCCGCGCCCGCCGACGAUUUCUUCGACGUGGUGGACAUCAAACGCUUCUUGCGUACCCGGCACGGGCACCCAGUAUGCCUUCAACGGCUCAUGGUCCUUGACGACUUUGCAGAGCCCAUGCCUGGCCUCCCUCUGAUAGGACCCCUUGACUUUCAGCUGGUGGUUUCGCCCACCCUCAUGCCUCAUCGGCCCGAGCAGAAAACCCAGGCUGCCUACGAACUCGUGGGGUAUGCUGUCAAGGGAGGCCACGUUGAUGUGGCCCGUGCUCUGCUCAAUGCAGGAGCUGACAAGGAAUGGCAGGAUGCUAUGGACGACAAGACGCCUCUUGCUCAAGCAUCCUACAAGGGCCACACAACGCUCGCCCGGUUGCUGCUGGAAGCUCGCGCCAACAUCGGCUCCGUGGACCAAGGCGGCAGAACCGCUCUCAUGCACGCAGCUGGCAGGGGCCACGUGGAGCUCGUGAAGCUGCUGCUCGAGGCGGGAGCGGAGACGGACGCCCAAGAUCGGCACGGUAGGACCGCGCUCAUGUUUGCAUCCAGUCGGCUCCACCAUGAGGCUGCGCAUGCAUUGCUGGAUGGUGAAGCUGGCACCGUCACCAACUCUGAGGCCGAACCCACUUCUCCGCAAGGAGCUGGCGCGCCGCACCUCGAGAUCGUGCGCUUGCUGCUGCAAGCAAAAGCCGAUGUGACCUUGCGGGAUGGCGAAGGCAGGACUGCUCUCAUGCAAUCCUCUUCCCGAGCUUGCAAGGCCAUUCCGUAA